CGUCACAAUGCAGAGUGAGCCUCGUGGAUGGGGCACUGGGCCCAGAGUGCCUGUUCUCGCCUGCCUGGGCCUCAGUUUCCACAUCUGCACAAUGGAGGUGACCAUCCCUGCCCUGCUGUUUGCCAGGAGUGGCUGUGACUCUGUGGGCGUGGUGGCGGCCUGUGGGAGGCCGUAGGGUGCUUUCCCAGGCCUGGGCUUCACCAUGGCGGGGAGACCGCACCUGAAGCGGAGUUUCUCCAUCAUCCCCUGCUUUGUCUUCGUGGAGUCAGUGCUGCUGGGCGUCGUGGUCCUGCUGGCUUACCGCCUGGAGUUCACGGACACCUUCCCCGUGCACACCCAGGGCUUCUUCUGCUAUGACAGUACCUACGCCAAGCCCUACCCGGGGCCUGAGGCUGCCAGCCGCGCCCCCCCUGCGCUCAUCUACGCCCUGGUCACUGCUGGGCCCACCCUCACGAUCCUGCUGGGGGAGCUGGCGCGUGCCUUUUUCCCUGCACCACCUUCGGCCGUCCCCGUUGUUGGGGAGAGCACCAUCGUGUCCGGGGCCUGUUGCCGUUUCAGCCCCCCACUGCGGAGGCUGGUCCGCUUCCUGGGGGUCUACUCCUUCGGCCUCUUCACCACGACCAUCUUCGCCAACGCGGGGCAGGUGGUGACCGGCAACCCCACGCCGCACUUCCUGUCCGUGUGCCGCCCCAACUACACGGCCCUGGGCUGCCUGCCGCCCUCCCCAGACCGGACGGGGCCCGACCGCUUUGUCACUGACCAGGGCGCCUGCGCCGGCAGUCCCAGCCUGGUGGCCGCGGCGCGGCGCGCCUUUCCCUGCAAGGACGCGGCCCUCUGCGCCUACGCGGUCACCUACACGGCGAUGUACGUGACUCUCGUGUUCCGCGUGAAGGGCUCCCGCCUGGUCAAACCCUCGCUCUGCCUGGCCCUGCUGUGCCCGGCCUUCCUGGUGGGCGUGGUCCGCGUGGCCGAGUACCGCAACCACUGGUCUGACGUGCUGGCCGGCUUCCUGACCGGGGUGGCCAUCGCCACCUUUUUGGUCACCUGUGUCGUGCACAACUUCCAGAGCCGGCCACCCUCUGGCCGAAGGCUCUCCCCCUGGGAAGACCUGGGUCAAGCCCCCACCAUGGACAGCCCCCUCGAAAAGUUAAGUGUGGCCCAGGAACCCGAGGCCUGCAGGCCGCAUUCGACACCGGCACGGCUCACCCCAUCCAAGCCGCAGAACUGUGCCCGCCGUGGCCACCUGAUCCCCAGCUGCGUGUCCUCCAGGGCCCCAGCCAUGUGUUCGUCGCCCCGUGUGCCCCGUCCUCGGUUGAGGUCUGAGCCGACACCCCUGCCUCUGCCCCUGCCCCUGCCCGCGCCCGCCCCCAGCCAGGGCCCCUCCCCUUCCUCCCCUGGACCUGGGGGGCCAGGCGGGGGUGGUGGCCGUGGCCGUAAGCUACUGCUGCCCACGCCCCUGCUGCGGGACCUGUACACUCUGAGUGGACUCUACCCCUCCCCCUUCCACCGGGACAACUUCAGCCCCUACCUGUUUGCCAGCCGUGACCACCUGCUGUGAGGCCCAACCACCCACCCAGAACGUGCCCAGGCCCCAUUUCUUCCCCGCCACGCGUGUGUGUGCGUGUGCCACGUGAGUGCCAAAGCCCUCUGCCCCCCCAAGCCGGCCAAACCCAGACACGACGAGAUGGCUGGAGGGACAUUUGGGAGAUUCCUGCCUCUCUUGCCCUCUGGGACAUCCCAGUGAGCCAAGGUGCGAGGUGGGCCCGUGCCCUUCAGAUAGUCCUUUUAAGGGCCACACCCGACCCCACUGGCCACUGCCCAGCCAACCAGGGCCCCCAGUUCUCAGGAUUCUACCCAAAAGGAGGGAGCUCCGGCCAAUGGGAGCCUCCCCUCACUCUUAGAAUCCUCAGGCAAGAGGUCAGCUCCAGCCAGGGUCCCGUCUGAACAGCCCAUAGGAGCCCUUGGUUGCCAGACUUCUAGAGUGGGUGGGUAUGAUUCCAGUCAAUGGGGGACCGCCCGUGUCUAAGCAUGUGUGAGGGAGAGGGGGGAGACGAGGGCGUUCUUUGUCGUCAAGUCCUCGCUCAGAAUCGGGAGUCCAGAUGUAGGGUGGGGGGCAGGUUCCCCCAUGACAGGGUCCCUGGGGCACCCCCCUUCUUCGUCCCUCCCCUGUGAGCAACCUCUUACCCGGCCCCUCCUUACCCCCUACUUAAGCAGGACUUGCCCCAGGUCAAAGGUUUUGGGGCUCAGGGUGCUGUGUCUCCCCUUGCCUGUGCCCAGGUCACCCCAACCCUCCUGCUACUUAUUAGGGCUGUGGAAAAGGAUUUUUUUUCUGGGAACCCACCCCUUCCUUCCCUCUUCCCCUCAUGCCUCAGCCUUGUGCAGGGGAUAUGGGCAGAGCAGAGGGUCUCCCUUCCCCUGGAUGGCCAAAGGCAACAGGCAGAGGAGACACUGCCCCCCCUUCCUGCCCCCUCCUCAUCUUUAAUAAAAGACCUGUUUGUAACAGAA